AUGACGGGGAGGAACUUCCCGCUCGGCGACCUCCUUUCACCCCCACGACCUUCCGUCAACAGCAACCAGCGAGAAUAUCUUGCCAAUCUCCCUAAUCUACGACGUCUCUUCGUCGAGGCUAGAACGGAGGUCGAGGAGAACGAGUACUCCCGCACCGCGUUUUAUAAUCUCGUCCUUUUUAUUUCAUCCGUCGCCGUCUUCAGCCUGGCUGCUCAACGCAUGAGCGGACCCAAAGCCGCCCGAUAA